GAACCUUGACGAUGGACCGGGCAAAGACCCGAGGCUGUCUGCAGCACCUUAUGCUUACCGGCAAAACUCCACUUUGUUGCUAAUACCUACUCCACCAUGAAGGGCGUGUUGUAGGUAAUGCAACCUUAGGUAGUGCAAAAUCCAGACUUUAGACGAGACAGCCUAUGAGAGUCUCAAGUCUUAUGGGACUUUAAUUUUUACAUCUGACUACUUUCAUGGCCACUGGGGCUCUCCAGACGCCCGAAUAUCAUCCGCCUGCGUGGAGAUUCCCAAACAAGCUCUUGAAAUACGAGAUGACAGCGGCCGCAUCCGUCGCUAGCAAGGGUCUUCCGAACUCAAUUGAUUCAUUCGCUAAAUAUCCCUUCUUGAAGAUGAGUUCGUCCCGACUUAUUGAUUCCGCGGAGAGAAUAUCUUGGAUCGUAACAGGGUCGUACUUCUCAUCUGACUCAUAGCAAAGGGAGGGGAUCUUGAUGACAAAUUUAUCAAGGUACUCAGGCUGUUAUAUGACAUUUCUGAACUCCCGUUUCUCACUCUCAUAGAGCAGUUUUUGCAUCUCGCAACUCAAAAUCCAUCGAAAAUGACCAUUCUACGAAGCACAAUUGCUUUUUUCUCCGUCUUGCUGCUUGCCAGCUCCUGUUUGCAGAAUCUUGAAGUAUCUUCUUUACCAAGUUUUGCUACUUCAGAUGAGAUUGAGAUUGACGAUGCAUCCCAUUUCGACUUCUAUCCACGCUCCGAGGGCUUUUAUAACCAAGCUGUGACGCAUCAACACCCUGAGCGUUUCCCGCCACAUGCGAUACACAAUGUCGACGCCGAUUACACUAUGGCUCUGCCGGCUCAUUCACUUGCCCGCCGUGAUGCAACAAAAUGUCUUGCUGAUGGCACCUGUGCCGAUAAAAGUUGCUGCAGCAAUAAAGGCAUAUGCGGUUAUGGCCCGACCUUCUGUGGCAAAGGAAAUUGUACUGGUGGAUGCGAAGCAACUGCUAUGUGUGGCAUCUAUAGCAAGGACAGCAAAGUUAAAUGCGGCAUGAACCUGUGCUGCUCUGCGACUGGCUGGUGUGGAACCACUGACACGUACUGCACCAAUGCCGACCCGAUAAACAACUCACUGCCUUGUCAAAAAGGCUUUGGCUCCUGCGAAGUGAAGAAAGGCCGUACCUGCGGCGCCGGGAGCGGCAAAACAAACGGACGGACCAUUGGAUAUUACCAAGGUUCCAACAGCCGCGAACGCCUGUGUAAUAAGAUCCUCCCUAGCGAUAUUGCUACAGGACCCAGUACCAUGUUUCCCAAUGGGUACACUCACCUCUACUAUUCUUUUGCAUCUAUCAACCCGAGCACGUUUGCUGUGGUACCUGCGGACCAGGGGGAUGUGGCUCUGUAUACCCAGUUCACCGCAUUACGUAGUCGCGGGCUACAAACCUGGAUAGCAGUAGGAGGCUUCGAUUUCAGCGAUCCGGGUAAACCUACCUAUGGAACAUGGAGCAAGCUGGCUUCGACUCCAGCCAACCGCAAGGCUUUCAUCGAUUCACUCGAAGUUUUCAUGACCAAAUACGGCUUCCAGGGCGUUGAUAUCGACUGGGAGUACCCCGUCGAGCCAAUCCGUGGAGGUAACCCGCAAGACACGCAAAAUCUGGUAUCGUUAAUGGUAGAGAUGCGUGCGAAGUUCGGCACCAGGUUUGGCAUCAGCAUGACUUUAGCGCCGGAUUAUUGGUAUCUGCGUUAUUUCGACGCCAAGGCUAUGGAGAGCUCAGUAGACUUCUUUGGAUUUAUGGCAUAUGACCUCCACGGCUUCUGGGACACGGAUGUCAAAACUUUAGGUUCCAUCGUUCGUGGCCAAGCUGAUAUCCGCGACAUCGCAAAUAACACUGUUCCCUUGUGGUUCGCCGAGCUAGACCUCUCGAAAAUCAACUUUGGGCUCGCGUUGUACGGACGUGGGUACACCCUUACCAGCUCCAGCUGCAAAGAUCUCAACUGCCCGUUCAGCGGUCCUAGUAAGCGAGGCGUCUGCACAAACUCCUUGGGGGUUCUGUCGUUAGUUGAGAUCGAACAGCUCAUCAAGAAGAAAGGGCUGACUCCCAAAAAUCUGCCCGAUUCGAUGAUGAAGCAGAUUACCUGGGAUGAUCAAUGGAUUGGGUACGAUGAUGCUGAUACCAUAAAGCAGAAGAAGGCUUGGGCAGAUAAUCAGUGUUUUGGAGGGACUAUGACUUGGAGUAUCGAUUUCUACUCGGGAGCUGGAAGUGGCUUGGAGCCCACUAACACCACAGAUGGGAGUUGCGGUAGAGCUAAUGGAAACACGGUUUGCGGAAGCUUCCCCAACGGCAACUGCUGCUCCAGUAGUGGCUUCUGCGGCCGUGGGUCUGCUUAUUGCGGAGGUGGGUGUCAGUCGGGGGACUGUGACAUCGGCGGUGAAACAACGGACGGAACCUGCGGCGUCGCAAACACAGGCACAUAUUGCGGGUUGUGGCCUCAAGGAAGCUGUUGUAGCGCAUCUGGGUAUUGUGGUAGAACAAAGGCCCAUUGCGGUUACGGCUGCCAGUCUGGACCAUGUGGCUGGGGAGUUGAGGGCACAGAGGAGAGAAUCGCAAUCCAAGGGCAAAACACCAGUUAAGUAUCCACAUAAUGCAGAUUAGUUGUACAAAUGGCAGUACAGCUUCAUUGAUAAUAGUCAACUUCAGUAUUUAUAUCGAAUCGUGGAAGGCUUCACUGACCACAAUACCGCACUUUUGUCCUUUUGCCACUUACACCACUUCUGUGACAUUCUGAUAUGUCAAUAAAAGGCAUGCUAUGCGCGAAGUCGGCAUGUCUGGCGGCCGGAACGUGUGUUCUGAACUCCUAGGACACGAGGCGGCGGUCCGUAGGAAAAGCGUUGUAUUUGACUGGAUAUCAUGAGCGACCUAUUUACAUACAAUGGCCAACUGGGUUGCGUAGGACCAUGCAUAUGGACUCCAGCCAGACCAGCUGUCGAAGAGUCUCCGUCCAGUCAUAUGCAUUUACGCACGCCCGCCCAAGACACAUUGAACCCUGUGAUCCGUGAACUCCAUUCCGGCCCAAAUCAUAAGGAAAAAAUAUCAUCUCAGAAUCGCUGAUAACCACCGUUCGUAUACCCACCUGGAUAUCCCCUUGACUGAGAUGGUGAUGGUGAAGUGACCGGGAAUGAGGGACUCCUUGGGAUGUUAUUUGAGCCUCCGUAUCCUCCCGUGUAAGCGUUGCCUGCACCAUUGAUCAAACCACCUGAGUUACCUCCAUUCCAAGCCCUUGGACUUUGCGGUAUAGGGCUGACAAGCGAUGGUGUUUGGUUCCGCGAAAUGGGGCUGGUGACUCGGGACGGCAGUUCUUUUGCGACCACGUUUGCUGAAUCCUUCGGCUCUGGGAAAUCAGCUGCCUUGGUCCCCUGUGGCACAUAGGUUCCUCCCCAUCCACCAAGGGCAUCAUCCCCUUGUGUUUCAUAGGCUCCUUUGUCCCACCCUCCAAGUCCCUUUUCGCGCAGCUCGACUUGAUUGUUGUACUCCUCUGCACGCUCUCUCUCGAUCUUUGCAUUAUAGUCUGCUCUUUCUUUCUUUCCUUGCCUUCGUCGGCGAAGGCAGGUGAAGAGAAAUGCGCCGAUAAGAAGAGCACCGGCAGCAGCGCUGCCCGCAUAGACAGCGAGUUUGGUACUCUGGGGGAGAGCUGCAAACUUCUCUGAAAGUGAAGGCUCGGGAUGUUCAGUCUUCUCAAUUGCUUUGGCAACAGUUGAAUUUCCACUGAUUGCCUUGAUACUUUGCCAGCUUCCAGACUUGUCGCUCCAUUCGUAUUCUUUGGCGCCAGUCGAAAAGUCGGCCACAUCAGUGCUCUUGACGGUCAUAGUGUAAGGGCCUUUAGAAAAAUCACUCAAACCGCCAGCCCAUUCGAUGGUCCCUUUGCUGUUGUCUGGAUCACCACCAGCCCAGAUUCCCAGGCGAACAGUCAUUGGGGUCUGGGGAUAAUUAUGUCCGCCAUUCGCAGCGGCAUAAGGAAGAGUCCUGAUGAGUUCGGAGUCUAUAUACCAUUCCAGCUUGUCGGAAGUCCAGUGGAUGGUAUAGUUGUGAAAUGUUUCCCUAGGAUCAGUUUUCAUUGGGUGGUAUAUAGCUCGAUCGAACGAAGUGGUGUUGCCCUUUCCGAAGUAGUUCGUCUCCACGUGAGUGCCGUUGCCGCCGAGGAACUCCCAGUCCACUUCAUCGAGGUCGUCGGACUCGAGUACGAUCGAGGAGAUGAUUCCCUGGCCCUUGGCCGCCUUCAUUAUAACACUGACGGAGCCGAAGAAUAUGUAGAACUUGGAUUGAAUAGUCGGCGAGUCUUUGCGCUUGUUGAUCGUGUAUUCGCUUCCAUCGGUACCAUAGACAAGAGCUCCAGAAGUGACAUUGAACGAAUCUGAUACGGUGGACGAGGUGUUGAAGACGAAAUUAUGGCUGAUCCCAAGGGCUGGGUCAUUUGGGCAAGUCGUGUUCAUGGGGUUGCAAUCAGUCCACUAGGAGAGCCAAAGUUAGCAUUGCUGGAUAAUCGGCAAUUGAUCUUGGAAAUAGAAGGUGAUCGGGCGCAUAUAAAUCGCGAUAUGUUUGCCAAUUUACGUACUGUUUGAGCAGAAACACAUGCGACGAGCACAGAAGCUCCCAGGAAGAGGGUGGAAAGGAGCUGCAUGGCGAAGGAGCGUGGACUUGGAAUGGGGAUCGCAGUGUGUUAAGAGAGUGACUUUGCGCACAACGCGUCUCGCGAGUUGGCGAAGAAAAAGAAUGAGUGUAUUCCCGUGGAGAAAUGAGUGUAAAGUGCACGAGUGCACGGAGGGGACGCAGUCGAUGCGGUGGGUGAAGGAGUCGUGAACUCGGCAAGUUUGGAAGAUCAAACGA